AUGACAUUUUCAAAUACCAAACAAGAAGUGAAAAAGCUCAUUUCCAAGGCAAAUAAUUUUGUCAAGAAAUUCAAAUCACAUUUAUUAGAAAAAUCUGAACAAUGGGAAAGUUUGAUGAAAGAAAUUCAAUUAUACUCAGCUUAUCUAAAUAAGGAUCUCAAUAGUGUUAAUGAGUGUAUACAAUUCUUUAGAAGUAAUCAAGAGCCUGUUACUGAAUUUUGUGCAGUAAAUAUAUGUCUGCAAAUCAUUCCUCAAUCAGUAGAGCACUGCACCACAUCAAAAUAUUGA